AAAAUAAAUAAAUAAAUGAAAACCUUUGCAUUUAUCAUCUUGUUAUCUCCCUGGUGCUGCCUGUGGUGUCCAGGCCAAAGGAUCUGUCGGCGCGGGACAGAGCGCCCAUGCUACAAGGUGUCCUACAUACAGGACAGCAGGCGGAGGCUGACCUUCGAGGAUGCCAGGCAGGCCUGCAGGUCAGAUGGAGGCGAUCUGCUCAGCAUUGAAACAGAUAGCGAGCAGCGACUGAUGGAGAGGUUCAUACAGCAGCUGCAGGUUGGGGACGGAGACUUCUGGAUCGGGCUCCGGCGCAGCCCACAGCGCUACAGGGCAGGGACCACAAGCCCAGGGUGCCCCUCGCAGUACUAUUGGCUGGAUGGAAGCAAGGCCAAGUUCAGGAACUGGCACUGGGACGAGCCGUCGUGUGGUGUUGAAAUGUGUGUGGUUCUGUACCACCAGCCGUCUGCACCACCUGACGAAGAAGGUCAUUUCCUGUUCCAGUGGAACGAUGACAACUGCAACUCCAAGAACAACUUUGUCUGCAAAUACCCAGAAGGUGAGCCAGGAGAUCACAGACACUGUGCUGUUGUAUCUGGCUGCACGGUGCUGGGAGUUAUUGACAUUUGGCACUCUUGGUUUUGGCUCUUGAA